AUGAGUGUCCGAGUGAAGUUCGUGUUGCUCGCAAAUUAUUAUUAUGGUCGACUCAUGGGUGUGAUCAACUUUGAGAUCGACUUUCGAACGGGACGAGCACGAUUAACCAAAGUGGCGACGAUUUAUGCGGCAGCGAUGAACAUUUUAUGCUUGAGUUUAUUUGCACUGAUAAUCAAAAGUAGAAUUUGGGAUUCGUUUUUGAUAAAGUUGAACGAGUUUCAUGAUUACGUCUUUAUUACGGUGUUGGUACUGCGCAUCUCGUGUGUCUUUGUGACCAUGUUAAAUCGCUGGUGGCAACGACAACAAAUCAUCCAAUUACUGAACCAAUUUCGCUGUCUCGUGCUGGAGCAACCGAAAGUUAUUCGAAUGUGGCGUCGCGGAGUCAUAAGCAAAUGCAUCACAGGCAUGAUAAACGAACUCACUCAAAUGUUUAUCCCUUUGUACGCAAUGAGAUCGACUCUCACAGCUUCAAUGGCACUUGGCCUGAUAACGAUGUGUGUUUUGGUAGCUCUGCUCAACAUUAUCAUCAGUCAGUAUUACUUUGCCGUGCUCAAUGUGCAUGGACACUAUGUGCUCUGCAAUGAGGAACUUCGUUCGAUACUGCAAGAAACACGAUCCUUGGAAUCGGAUUAUCGCAAGGGAGUCCGCAAUCUGAGAAGCUGUGCUUUAGCGGAUCGCAUUGAAAGCUUGGCACUUCGACAAUCAGCGCUGCAAACUCUUUUACAUAAAAUGACAAGAAUCUUUGGUAUACAGAUUUUGUGCAUGGGUACGAUUAUUUACAUUUCCUUCAUUGCCAGUUUGUACUCCGCAUUUCUUGCCAUUAAAUACAAAAUGAUCAACACCAAUUUCUUCACUUGGGAGAAUCAACUGUUCUUUUGGGCGUAUGCAGUUAUAUAGCGGAUGUUCAUAUAAGUUAUUCGAUAAUAUAUUAUCUAGAGGAUCAGUAUGAAAAGAUGCGACAACUUGUAAUGCAAUACUCGUCAUUCGCUCCCACUGUGGACAGACG